AUGCUUGAUGAAAACUUUGGGAUCCUAGAUGAGCAAGAUAGCACAGAUAUAAACUUAUACACCUUAGGUUGGGUUGGCACACACUGUGUUGUGAUUGCUAGCCUUCCCGGCGGACAAUAUGGCACUACGGCAGCCACGAUAGUAGCGAUUAACAUGAUGCAAACAUUUUCCCGAUUGUUGCGCAUUGGGUUGAUGGUUGGCAUUACAGGAGGGAUUCUAUCUGCUAAGUAUGAUGUACGACUAGGAGAUAUUAUGGCUAGCUACCUGGAAGGCACUUGCGGAGGGGUACUUUAA